AUGGAAAUUCUCAGGGAACCUCAAGGUUUAGUCAGUACUCAAAGAAACUUUACCUUGGAGCUUUUAUCAGAAUUCAAUCUUUUUGAUCAACGGUCAGCUGCUUCCCCACUCGAACCAUCCAUCAAGCUUCGGGCUGAUGCUGGUGAAUUACUGCUAGAUCCUACCGUCUACCGUCGAUUAUUGGGCAAACUCAACUUCCUCACUCAUACACGCCCGGAUUUAUUUUUUUCCAUUCAAUAUUUGAGCCAAUAUAUGCAGUCUCCUCGGCUACCUCAUCUCCAAUCAGCUCUUCACUGUCUCCGAUAUCUGCUCAACGAUCCAGGUCUUGGUAUGUUUUUACGGUCUGAUCCUUCCUUCAAGCUCCUUGCUUUUUGCGAUUCUGACUGGGGAUCUUGCCCUCAGACUCGCCGCUCUGUUAGUGGCUAUUUCAUCAACCUCGGUGGUUCCCCUGUGUCGUGGAAAUCAAAGAAGCAACCUCUCAUUUUGCUUUCCUCUGCCAAAGCAGAGUAUAGGUCCAUGCGAAGAUCACUUGGCUUGUUAGAUUACUCUCCGAUCUUACUAUUACUCCUUCGAUUCCAGUUUCUAUUCACUCGGAUAGCCAGGCUUCCAUACAUAUUGCGAAGAAUCUCGUGUUUCACAAACGAACCAAGCAUGUAG